AUGGAAAUUAAUCUUGCGAAUCUUAACGUGAUAAAAAAUGCUGAAGUGACUGCACAGUCUGAUAGAGCUGCUGCGAGGAAAAAGCUGCUGGAAAGGGCCUGCAGCAGAAAAAGCCCUAGUCUUACAAAAGGGUUUAUACAGAGCACAGAGCCAGAUAUGAUGGCUGGGCAGACAUUGAAAUCGUCAUCGUCACAAGAGAGCUUAUUGUCGAUAAGGUCGAUGUUAGACACUCCAUAUGAAAUACACGACUAUAAUCCACGGCAGCCACCUCAACCGAUUUCUCUAGAGCCAAGACCAGACAAAAGAGCAACAACCCCCACAACAGCUGUAAAAACUAGGUCAAUAACUCCUGCUCUUAGAAAUGAGUUCCCUAGCCAUCACAUAAGUGAAAGUGACGCUUGGACAACUUUUGAGGCGAAAAACAUAAAAAAGCCAAAAAUGAAGGAAAAUACUGUUCCUUUUAGUCUGAUUAUUUUAGAAAAAUAUUUAUCUGAUGUGUGUACAUCAAUUGCAAAUAGUAAAAAAAUCACGAAUGAGAUCUCAAUGAAGGCUUAUUCUAUGAUUGACGUCCUUAAUGACUGCUAUCAGCUAAUUCCUGAUAUGUCCAUUGAGUUUUAUAGCUUAAUGAGCGAAAUUCUGCAUGACAUUAUUGAAAGGCCAAACAGAGAACAUUAUACGAUUAUCGUAAACAAAAUCUCUGAAGCUGCCUGCAUUAUACAAAAUAACCAAUUUAUUGACAAUCAACGAUUUGCUACCAGAAUUUCACUGAAAAACCUAAAAAGUGAAGAUCGGCUGAUAUCAGAUUUGACAGAAAAAAUGGGGAAAAUCACCCCUAGGAUGGUAAAUGUAACUUUUACAUAGCUUUGGCGACGACUAGUAGCUCACGACGAAACAAUUGAAGCUUUGUCGUAUGCUUUCAUGAUAAUUUUCGCUGGAGUUGACAAAAAUAUUGAAACUUUAUCCUCAGGAAAAAUUUUAAGUUCAAGAGUAAAAGAAAAUGUUGUAAAAUUGACUGCAAACCCUGGGCAUGUCGUCCAAACUACAAGGAAAACAUUUGAGUACAUAAAAAACCACGCAUUUUCACAAGGUAAUUUUUAUGCAGUUAACAUAAAAAAAGCUAGAGAAAUUCUUGAUAAAAUCAAUGUUGACCAGGUCAGAAAGUGCGAUUUAACAUGUACAGCACUUGCUUUAUAUGAGUUUUUGAUCACUACUGUAGAACUAUGUGAAGCGACCUUUGAAAAACCUUCAGUAAAGGAAAUUCAACCUAAAAAAAUUGUAAAAACUGCGUCAGGAUCUGUCCAUAAAUCAACUUCUCCUAUAAGAGAAGUCCCUAAAAUUAGCCAUGAAGCUAAAAUUGACGUAAACUAUGUGACAGUCAGUGACAAGUCCUUUGGAUGUGAACACAAAAGGACGAUUUCUCAAGACAACGUUUUCCAUGGAGGAUAUAGCCCUGUUGUAGACAUCCAAGAGCUGUCUCGAAAAUCCAGUGUAUCAGUGCUAAGACAAGAGACUCCUAAAAUCUUUACAAGGGAGCAAGAUCCUGUUGCAAUGGCUAAAAAAAAGCUUGAUGAGACCAUGAAAACGACCAAAGAAAUCCUCAAGCAGUCUCCUAGCAAAAGAGCCCCUCUGCGAGUAGAGAAAAAAGUGAUAAAAAAAGUUUCCAAGCUGGAAGACACAAAAAAUUCAACCCCAAUCACAAGCAGAAACACAACCCCCAAAAGAGAAACUCCAGUCAAAAAAUCUAUCCACAGUGACCCUAAGCCAAACUACACAAGGUCUCCUAGCCUUACAUCUGAAGAAUCCCCAGAACUUUCCAAGUCUUUUACAAAGCUCGAAACUUACGAUUCUUCUUAUAAAUCAGCUGAGUUUGGCGAUUUUAUAGAAAAAACUUUUAGGGAAUAUCUGAAAAAAGCAAUCAACAAGGACUCCUCCAAAAUUGACCCAUCCAAACGGCAGCAGCUGCUAGAAGAAUAUCAAAGACACUUAGGAAUGGAAAUUGUAAAAAGCCUGAACUCAAAGCUUGGAAAAGAGGACAAGCUAGAAGAAGAAAUAAUCAAGGCUCGGCAAGAAAUUGAAGAAGUCAAGCAAGGAAGGGCUUCCCCAGUAAGGCUUAAGCCUAAGAAAAUUAAAUAA